CUUAUCUUUUUCCGUAAUCGUAACGUAUCUUUUUCGAGAAAAUCGAACACAACUCCGUAGAACGAUGUAAUUGUAGACCAUCGUUCAUCUUUUUCCACCUAUAAAAUCGAACACGAAACUGCAGAAAAGACGUUCCUUCCAUUCCAAGCAUUGAGCAAGACUUUCGAAUGUCUUUGCUUUGAAAAUAAUCACAAGAAUAGCCUUUGUUUUCCGUGAAUGCUCGUCUACUUCUCUGUCUCUUUCUCCGAUCUGAGGGUUUCAUCUCUUUCAGUCUCCACCUCUGUUGUUUUUUUGCUCACUUCUCACAUGUGAGUCUAGUGCAAGCGAAUACGAAUCUGUGAUCGCGAGUUUUCGUUCAUUAAGCGAAUUACAAUCAGGAAUAGAUUUUCAGAGGAAGAGGGUGAGAUCAUGAGGAAGGUGGCGGUCGGGGCGACGGUGGUGUGCGCGGCGGCUAUGUGUGCGGCGGCCGCUCUGGUGGUGCGACACAGGAUCAGGAGCUUGCGUAACUGGACCCGUGCCAUGGCGAUCCUCGAGAACUUUAAGGCGAAAUGUGGGACCCCCAUCGGGAAUCUGAGACAAGUGGCUGAUGCCAUGACCGUCGAGAUGCACGCUGGUCUCGCGUCGGAGGGUGGUAGCAAACUGAAGAUGCUAAUCAGCUACGUUGAUAACCUACCCACUGGGGAUGAGAAAGGUCUUUUUUAUGCAUUGGACCUUGGAGGGACAAAUUUUCGUGUUCUACGAGUACUGUUAGGUGGGAAAGGCAAACGCAUUAUCAAUCAAGAAUUUGAUGAAGUUGCGAUUCCUCCACAUUUGAUGACGGGGAAUUCAGAAGAAUUAUUUGAUUAUAUAGCUGCAGCUCUUGCAAAAUUUGUUGCUACAGAAGGUGAAGGGUUUCAUCCAGCACCUGGUAGACAAAGGGAGCUAGGUUUUACCUUCUCAUUUCCUGUGAGGCAAUUAUCAAUUUCAUCAGGGACUUUGAUAAAAUGGACAAAAGGAUUCAACAUUGAAGAUGCGGUUGGACAAGAUGUGGUCGGAGAAUUGACCAAAGCCAUGGAAAAGAUUGGCCUAGAUAUGCGUGUAGCAGCUCUGGUCAAUGACACAAUUGGAACAUUAGCAGGAGGUAGAUACUGCAAUCAGGAUGUCAUUGCUAGUGUCAUUUUGGGCACCGGAACAAAUGCAGCAUAUGUAGAACAGGCACAUGCUAUUCCGAAGUGGCAUGGUCUUCUUCCUAAAUCUGGAGAGAUGGUUAUCAAUAUGGAGUGGGGUAACUUCCGGUCAUCACACCUUCCUCUAACAGAAUAUGAUGAAGAACUGGAUGUUGAGAGUUUAAACCCUGGAGAACAGAUCUUCGAGAAGAUAAUUUCUGGUAUGUAUUUAGGGGACAUUGUACGCAGGGUUUUGUGCAGAAUGGCUGAAGAAGCUGCCUUUUUUGGUGAUACCGUUCCGCCCAAACUCAGAAUUCCUUUCAUACUAAGGACUCCAGACAUGUCUGCGAUGCAUGAUGACACGUCUUCAGAUCUGAGAGUGGUUGGAAGCAAAUUGAAGAAUAUCUUAGAGAUAUCUAAUACAUCCCUGAAAAUGAGAAAAGUUAUUGUGGAGCUCUGCCACAUUGUUGCCACACGUGGGGCUCACCUAUCUGCUGCUGGGAUCUUGGGCAUCCUCAAGAAGUUGGGAAGAGACACAGUGAGGGAUGGGGAGAAGCAGAAGUCAGUGAUAGCUCUGGAUGGAGGGUUGUAUGAGCACUACACUAAAUUCAGAACCUCUAUGGAGAGUACACUCAAGGAGUUGGUGGGAGAGGAAGUCGCUGAGAACAUUGUAUUUGAGCACUCUAACGAUGGAUCUGGGGCUGGAGCUGCCCUCCUUGCUGCCUCUCAUUCCCAAUACCUUGGGGUAGAGGAAUCAUGAAAAAGGUGGAAGUCAAGGUAGAUGGAAGGAUG